AUGUUCGGACUCGGCAGUUUCCUCGUCGCGAACACCCUACUCGCUGUGCUGCCACCACAUAUCGCGGAGCUGUACAUUCUCCGUGUCUUCCAGGCAUUCGGAUCAUGUAUCGUCUUUUCCGUCGGAGCCGGUACCGUUGCUGAUAUCACUGAGCCUGCCAAACGUGGAACCGCUUUAGCAUGGUUUUUGAUGGGACCUCAGCUUGGCCCCGUCCUUGGUCCACUUAUUGGUGGUGCACUCGCGGACGAGAGUAGAUGGCGAUGGAUAUUCGGUUUCCUUUCCAUCGCAAGUUUUCCGGUAUAUCUCCUCAUCGUCUUCUGUACGCCGGAGACAUUGCGAUCGCUGGUAGGCAACGGCGCACCUGUCGCAAACCAGCCUUGGUUUUCGAUACCCAAGUUCCGGACACAGCCCUGUACAGACUCGAGAGCUCCGAAAGCUCCCCGUCCAACGCCUCGAAAGUUCCUGCAUCUUCUUAGAUACCCUCCACAUUUGAUCGUUUCCUUCAAUGGAGCAUUCCAGUUUGCCGGACUAUAUGCCAUCUUCAUCUCGUUUGCCACCAUUUGGCAGGAAGGUUACGGCUGGACGGCAGCAGAGACCGGGUAUGCCUAUAUAUGUCCUGGCAUUGCGAUGUUCGUCGCUUCGAUGGUCGUCGGUCGACUUUCCGACUGGAUGCGAAAGAGGGCUCUUGCGAAGAGCUCUACUGGCAAGGUUGCACCUGAGCGAAGAAUUACCAUCCAAAUCUUUGGCUUCGUCAUCGCUGCGGCUGGAAAGAUUAUGUUCGGCUGGUUUGCGCUCGCUCACUUUCACCCCGCAGCGGUCCUCUUCUGUACGGCUCUGGCCGCAAUCGGCAUGUCUAUCAUCUUUGUCACCAGUACGUCCUUCCAGACUGAGUGCGACCCUGGUCAGGCGGCCAGUCUGGUGGCUUUGGCAGGAUUCAUGCGCAACAUGGCUGCCGCGAUCUCCUCACUGAUCAUGGCCAGCAUUUUGGAUGCAAUGGGUUGGGGUUGGGCGUUUACCGGUCUGGGGAUUAUAGACCUCCUCUGCAUACCAGGGAUUAUAUUGAUUAUCUUCCGUGGCCCGAAGUUUCGACAGGAAUUGGAACGCGGGCAGCAGUCCAAGAAAUAA